AUGGCGUCGCUGAGCUUGACCCAAGAGGAGCUCAAGGCCGUCGAGCAGACGCGCCAGCGCCUGUUCCAGCUCUCCAACAGCAUCGGGAGCCUGAAGUCCGACGUGAUCAACAGCAAUCCGUUACCGAACCUCGAGUCUCUACAAGCCUCGGCCGACAUCCUGCAGCAGAACAUGCGCUCGCUGCUCACCAUCACGACGCAGCACAACGAGCUGUUCACGCGGCUCGCCGUGCACCCCUCGACCAACUUCCCGGGCCGCACCCAGGAGAACAUCCUUCUGCAGCUGCUGCGCAAGAAGCCCGAGCCCGACGUCGCCAACGCCAUGGACGAGGGCCGCAGGACGUACCUCGAGAACAAGGACGACCUGAUCACCGUGGACGGGGUCACGCAGAGCACGGGGGACGACGCCGACGACGACGACGAGAACACGCUGCCCAUGAACCUGCGCUGGGAGGCCAUUGACGCGUGGAUCGGCAGGCGCGCCGGCAAGUUCAUCGAGGAGGAGUUUCCCGAGGACUUCACGGCCGAGGAGCUCGACCUGGGCAUCGAGAACGUGCGCACUGGCCUGCGACGCAAAUUUGAGGAGUACGAGGAUGACGAUGAGGAAGAUGAAGACGAGGAACAGGAGGGCAGCGGCGCCGCCAAGGCCGCCGAGACUGCCAAACAGGAGGACGAAGACGACAUCGUCAUGCUGGAUCGGCCCCCGCCACCUCCCCCGGCUGUGCCAUCUCUUCAGACCCAAGCCAGUCAUCCGGGUGGCGUUGAACAUACCGAGGGCUUGAACUUGGACAAUAUACUAAGAGUGGCUACGUUGGGGCAACUUCCAUCGAGGGCAUAG